AUGCCUCAAAUUGUUGGGAAGGAAAUCGGCCCCAUCGGCUUUGGCCUCAUGGGAAUGACAUGGCGCAAACAACCUCAAUCUGAGGAGCAAUCAUUUAAAGCGCUGCGAGCCUCUCUUGAAGCCGGUGCAAAUUUUUGGAACGCCGGGGAAUUCUACGGCACUCCAGACUUCAACUCUCUCACUCUUUUGAAUAAGUACUUUACCAAGUAUCCUGAGGAUGCUGAGAAAGUGGUUCUCAGCAUCAAGGGAGGGCUAGUAAAUAUGAAACCUGAUGGUUCCCCGGAAGGUAUCAAGACAUCCGUGGAGAACUGUCUGAUAUUACUGGAUGGCAAGAAGAGUAUUGAUAUCUUCGAGUGCGCAAGAGUGGAUAAGAACACUCCGAUUGAGACUACGAUGAAGGCACUUGAAGAGUUUGUGAAAGCGGGCAAGAUUGGAGGCAUUGCAUUAUCUGAAGUAUCUGCUGCUUCGGUACGAAGGGCUGCGGAGGUUACGAAGAUUGUGGCUGUUGAGGUGGAGCUUUCAUUAUGGUCUACGGAUAUUCUUAGCAACGGCGUGGCAGCCGCUUGCGCGGAGCACAACAUUCCUGUAAUUGCGUACUCGCCAAUUGGUAGAGGGAUGUUGACAGGGCAGAUCAAGAGCCCUGACGACAUUCCAGAGGGCGAUAUGCGGAAAACCAUGCCUCGAUUCUUGCCAGAGAAUUUCAGCAAGAAUUUAGAUCUAGUUAAAGAGCUGGAGAGUCUUGCAAAGCAGAAAGGCUGUACACCGGCUCAGCUGGCCCUUGCUUGGACUCGCUCCAUCUCGAAGAAGAACGGAAAUCCUGAGGUCAUACCUAUACCUGGCGCAACAACUGUAGAGCGCAUCUUUGAAAACUCGAAGGAUAUCACCUUGACCAGUGACGAGUUAAAGGCUAUUGAGUCGGUACUGUCAAGCUUUUCAGUCGCCGGGCAGAGAUAUGACUCGCAUGGUAUGGCUCAUGUUGAGGGCUAG